GGAUCCUGUCCGGAUUUUGUAAGUCCGAAGAUCGAGUCGGUAGGUUUGUCAGUCAGGGGGAGUAGCAUCUAAGUGGUGAGGAGUGGAACUGUUGUCUGGUUGUGCACCUAUCACCAUGGUUGACACCCGUAGUGGGAAGAGCAUUGUUCCCCAAUCCGAGGCCAAGCAGGCCCGGAUUGCCGCCAUCCUGAGGGAGAGGAAAGAGAAGAGCUCCUCAAGCAGGCGGAGCUAAAGGCUAUAGCAGAGGAUCAGGCGGCAAAGAAGAAGAAGUUAGAAGAAGAGAUGUUGAGAUUCCAGAAGGAGAAGAUGAUGAUGUUAGAGCGGGAGGAAGAGGAGAAGAGAAAGGUUGUCGAGGAAGAAGCAGCGACAGAAGAAGAGGAGGAGGUAGUGGAAGAACCCCUUGAAAGAAGGCGAGGGGAAGAAAGAGGAGAAGCAAGUAGCACGAAGGGAGAAGACGCGUGGAUGGAGAAGAUCAGCGUAUGGGUGGCUAACUUAUCGCUGGGAGAGGAUGAGGAGGCACUAUUGUACGUGGCGCAGGAGGAGAGAGAAGCGUUUGCAAGGCAUAUUGCCCCCGAGGAGCAAGUCCUUGUCGCCUUCCAUGCAUUAAAGGACGAAGCGGCUAGCUUCGCCAUGUCCCUCGCGCGCUCUGGCGAUUGUGAGCAUAACAUGAUUGCUUAUUCUAGGCUCACCCCUCUCCCCACUUUCCUCAAACUCCUGCGUGAGAGGUUCGCUAACGUCACGAGAGGCGUCAGGGCCUCUUACAAGCUCCAAACCAUCCACUCGCGACGGAGGAGUGUGCGAGCACUCAAAGCUGUCAUGGACGACUUGGUAGCCGUCCCGGACCAUGGAGUCACUGAGACCCAGUUGGUCCAGUUGUUUUAUCGUGCCAUGUCAGAGCCCUUACGAGGGCACUUCUUUGACAAGACCCAACAGACCAACAUCACAUAUGACGCAUUGAGUAGGGAAGUGGUCUUGUUUAAGGCCAAGUCCAUGCCAGUUUCCACUUUCUGGCACAAGGACUUAGAUAAGGGCAAAAUGUGGAAUGGUCGUACCAUCUCUAGCCAAGUCAGGGCCAAGGAUCAUCUGAUCCUUACUUACGAAGGUGGUACAAACGAGGUCCCUUACAGUCAGAUUGAGUGGGGCCUCGAGGAGGAGGACAGUAGCGUAGGACAGGGGAGGUCCUAUGCUGCUAUCGUGGCUGGAGGGAGGCCGCAAGGUAGAGGAGGAGGCCAAGGCCAAAGGGGCCAGGCCUUGGGAGGCCAAGGAUCGGGCGCACAGGGGGUUGGCGGUCAAGGGAACCGUCUAGCGGGAGGUAGGGGUCAAGGUCCCCCGCUGAAUCGCCAAGGUCCCAGUCGGUCCCCACAGCAACGAGGUGGCAGGUCACCUCAGAGGUCAGGAGGUUGGCACCCAGGUUGGUUACAAGGUCGACCUUGGGAAGAUCUGGGUUUGGAACAGAAAGUGUGGCAACAGCGCAUGAGCAGGGGCAGUGCAUUUAUUGCGGUGACCCAGCCCAUAUCAUUAAAUAUUGUCCCAAGAAUAGACAGGCCGAUGGGCUGCCCAGGAGUCAAAAGGCAGCCGUCGGUAGGGGUUGCAACUGCCCCUACUACUAGGCCAUGUGGGGAAGCGAGCGCGCGCGUUCAGGAAACUCCCACAUCAUAUGAGCCUUCGGCAGAGGUUGCAGGCCCGUGCCUAGUUAGUUGUCCAGAGACUGCUUGUGUUAGCGUCUCUCUAGGCACUUCCCUCACAGGCGUGGCAGAAGAGUUGAAGGAGAGGAUGCCCGUCUGGGCCGAAAUGAAAAAAAAUAGUAAAGGGCAGCUAGUGUUAGUUGAUGUAGAAGUUUUCAGAAGUAGAGUAGGGGCCCUUAUAGACUUAGGGGCUACUUGUAGUUAUUUUAGUCGUAAAGGAUUGAAGAAGUUGAGGCUAGGGUUGAAAGUCCAAAAGUUCGAAGAUCCUAUAGUUAGUGUCCUCGCAGACAGCCGCACUAUGCGUGUUGAGGACUACGUAGAGGGAGUCCAGGCGUAUUUCCGCCUAGAGAAAGAUGGGAAGGUGGAGAAAGUUCUCCACUCCCUGACUCUCCUCUUACAGGAUGACCUUCCUUUCGACAGAGUCCAAGGUAUGGACUGGGGAGAGGCAGCAGGGGCCACACUCCACUUGAGAGAGCAUGAGUGUAGGCUCCCUAGUCCGUCAGGCGAGGUUAAGACAGCUCGUCUGUUCCACGUGUCAGGAGUAGAUAACUCGCUGGCACAUUGCUGUCUCAGUGCUCCCGCGUUUGCGCGACGAGUGAGAAAGGAGCAGCUAGAGGAUCAGGUCUUCGUAGUGUAUGUCAGACCUGUCACUGAGCCUAAGGAAGAGGAUAGUUCCAUGGAUCCAACCAUUGCCAAGCUGCUGGAAGAGUUUAAAGAUUUGACAGAGUUGCCGACAGGAGUAGUGUCGCGGCCGAUCUAGCACAGAAUAGAGGUAGAGUCUGGCAGUAAGACUCCCAAGGGAGCAGUUUACAGGAUGUCCCCUAGGGAGU